ACAUGCUCAUUGCGCGGGUCUGUUAAAAAAUAUCUGCCACGCAAAUUUAUCCACCCAACGCUUCAGCAACGGCUUGUGGUGAUUACAUAGCUUUAUGUUAAUUGUCGAUUGAAAUUUGUCAGCGGGGAAAACGCUUCAGUUGUAUUGUCGCGAUCCUUCUGUUAGCGGAAACAUACGUGACAGUCCAUAAAUUGGAUUAGCGCUAAGUAAAUCCACCGGUGAAUGAUAGUUUAGCAGACUUGCUAGCUGGCUAAUUCUGAGUGGACUGUUGGGAGUGAGGACUACAAAAAUACAUGUCGAUUUUGUCAAACUGAUAUAUUUUGAACGUUUUUUUUUUAUUUAGCAUUAGCUGUCCGGCCAGUUCAAGACUCAAAUGGUAAUGUAGACAAUUUCGUGUGUGUCGUCUUUCACCAUUGCAGGGCCUGGGCUGACGUUACAUGCAUUAUAAGGUUAACGUAAACAGUUUUACUAGCUGUCAGCCCGUGAAGAGGUCAAUAGGUUAGCAACAUGGAUAGCUACAGUCAGCGGUUUGAAUCUACAUCCGGACGAGACAAUAAACAUCAAAAGAAGAAGGGCUCUUCCAACCACAGCACGCAAUGUUACGAUGAAGGAGAACGGAAACCUAAGUUUCACUUACCAUUUAGAAACCUCACCGAUGAUGUGCUGGACAGAUUCGCCAGUAUUCGGAUCCCGGGUAGUAAAAAGGAGCGGCCACCCAUAUCACACUCUAAACACAGUACUAAUGAUUGGUCCAUUUCUUCAACAUCCGCCUCACAUCAGCUUGAAGAGCUUUCAUCAAAGAUCACCUCGGAAAAAGAGAUCUUGGCUCUGUUUGAAAAGAUGAUGGAGGACAUGAACCUGAGUGAGGAAAAAAAGACUCCUUUGAGAGACAAGGACCUCAACACAAAGAGAGAAAUGGUCAUCCAGUAUGUUUUUACUGCCUCUAAAACUGGUAGCUUGAGAAGCAGCCGUCAGAUAUCUCCCCAGGAAUUUCUGGGAGAGCUGAAGUCAGGGGUGAUGGACGAACGCCUGUUUGCCUGUCUAGACUCAUUACGAGUGUCCCUCACCAGCAACCCCGUCAGCUGGGUGCAGAGCUUUGGGCAUGAGGGUCUUGGGUUGCUGCUGGACAUUUUGGAAAAGUUGCUGUUCAAGAAACAUCAAGAGAAGAUUGACAAAAAGAACCAACAUAAAAUUGUUCAGUGUCUCAAAGCUUUCAUGAACAAUAAGUAUGGCUUGGAUCGAAUCCUUGGCGAGGAGAGAAGUCUUGCACUACUGGCAAGAGCCAUCGAUCCCACUCAGUCUGCCAUGAUGACUGAUGUGGUAAAGCUGCUGUCAGCCAUCUGCAUUGUGGGCGAAGAGAACACUUUGGAAAAGGUGCUUGAAGCUAUCACCACAGCAGGGGAAUGGCGAGCCAUUGAGAGGUUCGGUCCUAUUGUGCAGGGACUACGAGAUUGCUCAGUUCAAUUACAAGUGGCAUGCAUGCAGCUCAUCAAUGCACUAGUAACAUCUCCUGAUGAGCUGGACUUCAGGCUGCACAUCAGAAAUGAAUUUAUGCGAUGUGGCCUGAAAGAGAUAUUGCCGCAACUAACAUCCAUCAGAAAUGAGGCCCUUGACAUUCAACUGAGGGUGUUCGAGGAGCACAAAGAAGAGGACAUGAUAGAGUUCUCUCAUAGGCUGGAAGACAUCAAGAGCGAGAUGGAUGAUGUGGCUGACGUAUUCAAUAUUGUGCAGAGCAUGGUGAAGGACAGCGGUGCAGAGCCCUUUUUCCUCUCUAUACUGCAGCACCUGAUGCUCAUACGCAAUGACUACUUGGUCAGGCCCCAAUACUUUAAGAUCAUUGAGGAGUGUGUGUCUCAAAUUGUGCUUCAUCGAAGUGGCACUGACCCGGACUUCAGUUACCGCAAGCGUCUAGAUGUGGACUUCAGCCACCUAUUAGAGGUGUGUGUAGAUAAAGCUCGAACUGAUGAGUAUGAACAAAGGGCUUCUGAACUGGCGCAGAAGCUUGAUGAGGAGUUUCUGAACAGACAGGAGUCACAAACACGACUGGUUAAAAAUGAAGAAAAAAUAGCUGAACUCCAAGCAGAGCUGCAGGCCUUCAGGUCCCAGUUUGGAGCUGUACCUGUGAAUCUUUCCUCCGCUCAUGUUGGACAGGCAUCCCCGUCUGGGCCUCCACCUCCUGCCCCUGUGCCUGGGGUGCCGCCUCCACCACCUCCUCCUCCUCCUUUGCCUGGCUGUUCUGCCCCACCUCCUCCACCUGGAGUGCCUCCUCCUUUUGGUGCCCCCCCUCCACCCCCAUUAGGUUUAGGAGGUGCUCUAGGCUCCCCCACCCACCAUGCUCUGCCUUAUGGCCUCAGGCCUAAGAAGGACUUCAAACCUGAGAUCUCCAUGAAGCGCCUCAACUGGUCCAAGAUUCGUCCCCAGGAAAUGUCAGAGGGCUGUUUCUGGGUGCUGGCUGAUGAGGACCAAUUCGCAAAACCAGAAUUACUCAGCAGAGUUGCUCUCACUUUUUGUUCACAACGAACAGAAACCAAAGCCAAAAAAGAAGAGGAGGAUCUAGAGGAUAAGAAAUCCAUAAAGAAGAGAAUUAAAGAGCUCAAGGUGCUCGAUCCUAAGAUUGCGCAGAAUCUAUCCAUCUUCCUGGGUUCCUUCCGUAUGCCUUAUCAGGAAAUCCGUCGCAUGAUUGUGGAGGUGGAUGAAGAGCAACUCACCGAACCCAUGAUCCAGAACCUUGUGAAGCACCUACCAGAGCAGGAGCAGCUGAACGCCCUGGCCAAAUAUAAAAAUGAGUAUGCAAAUUUAUCAGAGCCUGAGCAGUUUGGGGUUGUGAUGAGCAGUGUGAAGCGGCUGCGUCCUCGCCUCAGCCACAUCCUCUUCCUGCUGCAGUUUGAGGAGCAGGUGAACAACCUGCGUCCAGAUAUCCUGGCUGUAAACGCUGCCUGUGAUGAGGUCAGGAAGAGCCGCCCCUUUGGCCACUUGCUGGAGCUGGUGCUGCUGCUGGGGAAUUACAUGAAUGCAGGCUCUCGAAACGCCCAGUCAUAUGGCUUUGACCUCAGUUCUCUAUGCAAGCUAAAGGACACUAAAUCAGCAGACCAAAAGACCACAUUACUUCAUUUCCUGGCACAAGUAUCUGAAGAGGAAUAUCCAAAUGUGAUCAAGUUUGUUGAUGACCUGGAGCAUGUGGACCGAGCUAGCAAAGUGUCUGCAGAGAAUCUGGAAAAGAGCCUCAGGCAGAUGGAGAGGCAGCUGCUGCAGUUGGAGAGAGACCUGGAGACUUUCUCCUCCUCUGAUGACCCAAACGACAUGUUCUUCACUAAAAUGGCCAGCUUCAGCAAGGUCGCACGAGAGCAGUAUGACAAGCUGGUGAUAAUGCACAGCAAUAUGGAGACACUGUACCAGAGCGUGCUGGAGUACUUUGCCAUCGAUCCCAAGAAGACCUCUGUGGAGGAGCUGUUCACAGAUCUCAGCAACUUCCGUUCCAUGUUCACUCAAGCACUGAAGGAGAACCUGAAGCAGAGGGAGUCAGUGGAGAAACAGAGGAGAGCACGGGCGGCAAAGGAGAAGGCAGAGCGUGAAAAGCAGGAGAGACAGCAGAAGAAGAGGAGGUUGCUGGAAGUCAAUGCAGAGAAUGAUGAGACAGGAGUGAUGGAUAGUUUGCUGGAAGCCCUACAGUCAGGAGCAGCAUUCAGAGACCGCAGGAAGAGAGCACCAAGACCCAGAGAUAACCAGCAACAGACGAUCAGCCCCAGCUCCUUCCGGCAGGUUCUCAGACCUGUAAAUUAUGAAAACAACAGGACACCUUUGCAAAGGUCUCGCUCUCGGCAGAAUAUAAAUGCAGGUUCAGCAGUGGUGAAAGCUCCCCAUGCUAAGGAGGCCCAUAACGAGUCCGAGAGCCAUCCGUCUGCAGCCCGGUCCAAGGCUGCUGUAUGUUCGGAGUCGGGCCGCAGGUACAGGAACAUCUCGGGUCACAGCUCCUGGCUGGACAGGGAGAGGGUGGUGGAGAGGGAGACGGUUAAACAGACCGAGAAAGAGAUGGAGGUUGAAACAGAGCCUCCAGCCUUCCAGCCGACCUCCACUGGCGCUGCGGUCAGCUGCUGUAGCACCAAUGGAGACUCAGAUGUAGAAGCACUUCUGGCCAAACUCAGGGCCUUGUGAGGUUUGUUCUCACAUAAGCAGGUUAUUUUAGCAAUAUACAGCAUACCGUGCACAUCUUAUCAUACUCUGAAUGUGACCUGAAAGAUUUUUUUUUUUUUGUAAACAAGCAGAAAAUGUAGUUAGAAAGAUAAAGUUGUAAAAGAUUUAUCAGGUAUGACCAUAAAAUAAGAAACAAGGAGCGUUGUAUUAAUAAAUUUGUCUUCUUUUAAUACAGUGGUACAGACAUAAAAUUCCCUUUCUAAGAAAACUCCUGUCGUGAAAUAGACACUGAUUUACGAAAGAUGCGAUUCAGUGGAAACACUUAUAGUCCAUAUUACCAUCAUACAUUAUAGAUAAAAAGAGAAAAUAAUCAAAUACAUUCAGCAGUCUGACCUGAUCCUCUAAAGUGCACUACCAAAAAGGUUUGACUAUCAUUUCUAUAUCCCUGACAAAGGGAAUAUGACAUAGCUUUUUCUCUGAAAGUAAAAGCGGUCUUGCUGAGCACUUUCUCUGUAAUCCAGAAUAAUGAAAUAUUAAAUAAAAACGAUAUCACCUUUCUUUCACAUUGACAUCCCCUAUGAUUUCUAGUGCUGUAGCAUUUAUUUUACACCUUCAUAUCAUAUUAUUACCUUUAUUUUAGUUUUUAAUUCCACAUCAGUUAUUUUCCUAUGCAUGUUAUUAGUCAUGUACAAGUAAAAGACUUUUGGUAUUUAAUAAUUUUCCUUUAUUUUUUCUUUAUCCUUGUGGGGUGAUUGUCUUUUAUAUUGAAAUUAUUGAUCUAAUUUGUAUUUUCUAUUAAAUGUUAUCUGUGUUCUAUAAAACUAUAAACAUAUCCAGUAUACAAAAGGGGUCCAUGCAUACCAGUUAAGCCAUAUGAUUGUAAUUCCACAGGUUAUAACAGUAAUUCGAUGUCAUUUGGUCAGUUGAAUUUGGUUGCACUUGACUGCUUUGUGUGUGUGUAUCAUUAUCUCUGAGAACACUUGUACACAGCAAAAAGCCCCAACGGUGUCAAAGAGUGUUGUUAUCCAAAAUGUGGCCCAAAGCAAACAAGUUCAUCCAGCGACCAAUUAAUCAGCAUUGAUGCCGUUUGUCUUCUACAUUCCGACUGAAAUCACUCAUAUCUUAAGCAUGUUUGUUGUCUUUAUUCAUUAUACUCAUUUUUACAGACCCAUUUACAAUAAAAUUAAGAAAAAAAAAGAAAA